AUGGGGUUCCGCAAAACGGGAGGCGCGUGCACGCUCGCCUUCUUGCUGAAUCUGUUGUUCAACCUGCUACUAGCCGAAUACGAGCCCGACAUCGGCUUCAAUGACUCGCUGUCUCUCGAAGCGGCUUUAGCCGAGCCUAUCGUCAGGCUGGUGGACUCGGGUGAAAAUUUGACAGAACCUAAAGAAGUAGAAUUUGGAGAAUGCACGGUUACGUGUGGUAUUGGCAUUCGAGAAGUUAUAUUAACCAAUGGAUGUCCUGGAGGUGAAACAAAGUGUAUUGUUCGUGUUGAAGAAUGCAGAGGACCAGCAGAUUGUGGCUGGGGCAAACCUAUUUCUGAGAGUCUUCUUAGUGUGAAGAUACCAUGUAUAUUUGUACCUCCAGAAAAUCGAUUUCAGUACAUUUGGAAAAUGUUGAUUCCAGACCAACAAUCACUCAUUAUUCCUAAUGAUUCAGCUAUUUUGGAAGUACACAGAGAUACUCAUCCCGUUGCAUUUGAGUGUGAUACAAUAGAACAUGAUGAAUUGAUUGCAUCUGUAAAAUAUACAGUGUACACCACAGCUGAGCUGGAAACGAGACGUUUCAAGAAGCCAAGUACAGAUAUCGUAUUGGUAUUUGUCCUCAUAACUGGAGUUAUAGUUUGUGUUGGAGUUAUCUUCGCAAUAAUCUUCAUCAUUCUUAAUUGGGCUGCUGUGAAAAGUUUCUGGCAGACAAAAGUUUGGAAGAAUAAGGAUGAUUUAGGUUCAGUGAGAACAUCCAUGGGGCCGGCAGCCACAGUCGAAGCAUCUCAGAUGUCACAAGCAGAAACCUCUGUACAGGAACAAGGUUCCUAUCAGGAAUGGAAUGCAGCAGGUGGAGAAGCAGAAGGGGAAGGAGACAAAAGAAAUUAUUAA